UGGCUGUCCGAGGAGAAUUUCAUGUGCUAAGUUAACAAGUGAAAUGCUCAUAGGAAGCGCUCAAAAUAUACGAGAUUAGAAAGACACACCCACAGUCCCAGUCGUCUCCUUCAAACUGCUCGAUGAUGUGGGCCAUAUCCUGCGCCACGUCUGCUUAUCCUAUGCUCACUCUCAGAGCUUCUUUACCCAUGGCUACUACUCGUUCAUGCUCUCCAGUCUCAGUCCCUACUAAUCACCAUUAUCAUCAGAAAGACUCUCCUUUUGUUCCAGAGGUUGCGGAAGCAGUGGACUCCUUGUAUUCAGAGUUCAGAGCCGUGGAUAAUUUGGUGGCACACAAUACAACCCGUGUUCUCAAAGCUUUCCAGAAUGCUCGAGUUGGAUCUCAUCACUUCGCCGGAUGCACUGGCUAUGGUCAUGAUGAAGCUGGGGGACGUGAAGCGCUUGACCAAGCUUUUGCAGAAAUUGUUGGUGCUGAAUCUUCUAUAGUUCGCUCACAGUUUUUUUCAGGAACUCAUGCUAUAACCUGUGCUUUAUAUGCUUUUCUAAGGCCAGGGGAUGAGCUUUUGGCAGUUGCUGGUCCUCCCUAUGACACGCUAGAGGAAGUUAUUGGAAAGAGAGACUCUCAUGGGAUGGGAUCCUUGAUAGAUUUUGGUGUGAAAUACCGUGAAGUUCCACUUGCUGAAAAUGGUGGCCUUGACUGGGAUGCGCUUAUGCAUGCUUUGAGACCUGAAACAAAAUGUGCACUCAUACAGAGGUCAUGUGGUUAUUCAUGGCGUCAGAGUUUAAGUGUAGAUGAGAUAAGGCGAGCAAUUAAGAUAAUUAAGACGCAGAAUCCUAAUUGCUUGGUCAUGGUUGAUAAUUGUUAUGGUGAAUUUGUGGAAAGCAUUGAACCUCCAAUGGUGGGUGCAGAUUUGAUUGCUGGCAGUUUGAUAAAAAAUCCUGGUGGAACUAUAGCACCAUGCGGUGGAUAUGUUGCAGGGAGAGAAAAAUGGGUAAAAGCAGCAGCAGCUCGUUUAUCUGCACCUGGCCUUGGAGUUGAUUGCGGCUCAACUCCUGGUGACAUUAUGCGAGCAUUUUUCCAGGGUUUGUUCCUCUCACCUCAAAUGGUAGGCGAAGCUAUCAAGGGUACACUCCUAGUCGCUGAAGUUAUGGCAUCCAAAGGGUAUAAGGUGCAGCCACUUCCUCGUGUUCCUCGUCAUGACACAGUACAGGCCAUACAGCUUGGAAGCCGGGAGCGUCUUCUUGCUUUCUGUGAGGCUGUACAGAGAAGCUCCCCAGUAGGUUCAUUUACUAGACCAAUUGCUGGUACAACUCCUGGAUAUGCAUCAGAGGUGAUCUUUGCUGAUGGAACCUUCAUUGAUGGGAGUACGAGUGAGCUUUCAUGCGAUGGACCAUUAAGAGAGCCAUUUGCUGUAUUUUGCCAGGGCGGCUCUCAUUGGACUCAGUGGGGACUAGUUCUUGGAGAGGUUUUAAAAGCCAUAUGAUGUAGAACCAAAUUUUUGCAAAGAGGACAGCAAGGUUGUAUAGAAUGUAAUAUUUUCAGGGAUGCCAUUAAUGUCUAUUUAUCGUGCAAGAAUUACGUGUUAUGGCAGCUUCAAGAUAUACCCUUUCCCUGAUUGCUGUAGCCUGUAUAACAGAAGUGACAUCAAACUCACCUCAAUUUUUUGAUACAAGACUCACUUUUGGGUACUUCUGCCACCAUUCUAAUCAGCUUGGCGGAUCAGUUUAUUGUAAUGGGAGCUACUACUCGAACCCAAGGGGACAAGUGAGGAUACAGUCUGA